CAAAUAUGACUGGAAAAAAUAUAUUGUUUCCAGUCAAAUAUGACUGGAAACAACAAAUCAGAAACCACAAAUAAUAGACUAAGUUUAUUUUAUUUCCUUAGAUCGUUUUAUUUCUUACAGUUGAUUUUGUUUCCAUAAUUCAAUUUGAACGAAAGAGAUUCAAGUGUCACUAUCUACUGUACCUUCAAUGACACAUGAACCGUCACUCAGCAGAGACUGCUCUCAACUCGUCGCUCGUCAAUACUCAGAACUGGUAGUUGUUCGAUCAUCAUAUAAUAAUUAAAAAGCUAUUUCAAUUUCGCUUAAAAUUUAUGGUCCAGUUUUGUUUAUAUAAUAGAUCAUACGAAUUGAAGGGACAUAAGUGCUGUGUUGCAUUGACGUUAGACCAUGAGUGGAACCGACGACCUGCCUCGGAUCAUCGUCGAUACCGACGCAGGGAUAGACGAUGCAGGGGCGCUAUUCAUGCUGCUGGAGGCCCACAAGAAACGUCUCGUGAACAUCGUGGCCAUUACCACGUGCCACGGUAACACCACCGUCGAUAAUGUCAAUAGGAACGUACUGAGGAUUCUCGACAAAAUUUCCAUGCUCGAUCAGAUUCCCGUAUUUAGCGGCACCAAGAGUCCCAUUACUCGACCAUACUUUAUAAAUGAGACCGAAUUUCACGGCCAAGAUGGUUUUGGAGACUCGGAUCUCCCUCAUCCCGACCCUCAGAAGCAUCUGCAGAAGAUGCCUGCCAGUCUCAAGAUUGUGGAAGAAGUCCAGAAGCGGCCUGGAUCGAUCAAUUUGCUGGCUAUCGGGCCUCUGACGAACGUGGCCGUAGCCAAGAUGCUGGAGCCUCGUCUGCUGUACAGACUUGCCAGUCUACACAUCAUGGGCGGCAACACCACAGGGGAGGGCAACGAAUCAGCGUGCGGGGAAUUCAACUUCUUAAAUGACCCUGAAGCUGCUCAGAAUGUGCUGAGCUGGGACGGUCCGAGCUCAGCUGAAUCAGAAGCUGAGUCAAAGUUGUGCCCAAUAUUCAUCACGCCCUGGGAGACUUGUCUGUGCGCAAUCAACAUCCCUUAUGAGUACAGACUCGAGUUAGGUCGUCUUGAGACGCCACAAGCUGCGCUGCUGAACGCUGGCGAGGCUCGUACUAUGGACAAGAAGCUCUUCAGGACGUGGAUCACGUGCGACCAGAUCGCUGCCGCGUGGAUGCUCGACGUGCUCGUGGGUGACGCGCUCAAGUCCACGGGAGAAACGAGGGAAGCGCUUUGUCUUGCAAAAAUGGAAACCUUCGUCUCGGUUGAAGUGCAGGGCACGCACACCAGAGGGCAGAUGAUCUUGGACCGCUGCCCCUUCAAGAGGUUCGUCUCUUACGCCGUGCCCGCCUCGCUUCUCACCGCCGUCAACAUUGCUACCUACAAGCGAUAUCUCACCAUGGCCUUUGGUGGCGAGUUUUAGUUCUUCACCAUGGCCUUUGGUGGCGAGUUUUAGUUCUUCACCAUGGCCUUCGGUGGCGAGUUUUAGUUCUUCACCUUGGCCUUCGGUGGCGAGUUUUAGUUCUUCACCUUGGCCUUCGAUGGCAAGUUUUAGUUCUUCAACAUGGCCUUCGGUGACGAGUUUUAGUUCUUCAACAUGGCCUUCGGUGGCGAGUUUUAGUUCUUCACCAUGGCCUUCGGUGGCGAAUUUUAGUUCUUCACCAUGUCCUUCGGUGGCGAAUUUUAGUUCUUCACCAUGGCCUUCGGUGGCGAGUUUUGGUUCUUCCAGAUGAUGGUUAGUCCUUUGGCCACAGCCUUUGGUAGAGAGUUUUAGUUUUUCAGCUAAUGAUAAGCCCUUUUUAUACGUGAAAGGCGAAAAUUAUCUUCGACAACACGGACGUUUUUUUUAAAUAAGAAACUUCCAUUUUAUGUAUAAUAGUAAACUGAUUUGAUAUUUCGUCCGUUGCAGCCUUCGGUAACGAAAGGCUGCUCAUAGAAAAAAAUUGGGCCUAGGCAAAUCGAAGCAGGUAGUAUAUGUUCAUGAAUUUUGAUCAUUAUUAAGUCUGAUUCAAAUAUUCAUUUACGUGUACAGAAAAUUUGAUACGCGCGACUCUGUAAACUGUUCAGAUUGUUGUUCGUUCACUUUAACAACGGAAACAAACCUGUUACUUUCAGUUCUACUCAAAAGCCUAAAUAAUGGAUUGACUAAGAUAGUCGAAAGGAGCUACAAAUACCUGAUUUUAAUAUGAAAAAUCACAAACCUGAUUUUGAUCAGAAAAAUUACAAAUA